AAACAAGUACAGAGUAAUGAACUCAUUUUGCAAACGAUACGAUCGGACCAAUGUUUAAUAUGGGUUUUUAAUUAAUAUCAAAUAAUCUUAAUCACUACUUUACCAGAAUGCUGACUAUAACAGAUUAUUACUAGUAGCUUCAUUAAACUUUAAACAUUGAAAUUAUUAUACAUAGUAAUCAGUACUAAUUACAAUUAACAAAUCAUAAAAUAUCUAUUUUAAAUUAUGAUGCUUAAGAAUCAAAACACGCAUGUUCAAAAUAGGUACAAAAACAAUUUAAUCAUUAUUUAGGUUAUAGAUAAGAUUUCAACAUUAUGAAUAUUAUAAUCGUCGUUAUAAGUAAUAUCAACGUAUAAUUAAAAAAAAAUUAUUGCACUUAGACACAUAGUUCGCAUUAUUAUGAAUUUAUGCAGAUCUUUACUAUUAUAGGUACUUAUUAUAUUAUCUGUGCCUUAAGUUUUUUUCUAUAUUAACCUCAUCUCUUCAAAAAGAGUUAUUUGACUAAAAGCAACAAUCUGUAUCGGUCAAAUGUUAUACAGAUCACCAAGCGCGUGCGGUGUGGCACGAUGGUUGCGUGAGCGGUCAUCAUGCGCCUCUUCCGCGGGCCGAAGCGCAGGGAAGUGACCGCGCCGCGGGCCGCCGCGACGCCGUCUCCGCGCAGAGACGUCGCCGUCCCCGCCCCCACCGCCUCCACCGCUCACACGCACGACUUCACGCUUGUUACCGCUCUACCCGCUAUGGUCAUGGAAGACGAUGUAAAAGAGAUGAAAAAAGGUAUACUGACGAAUACCUUGAAAAAAAAAAUAGUUAACCAAUUUAAAAGCAAAGUCCAUCAAUUGAGGAAUGACCCAACUAUUCUGCUUUAUUUAUUAUUUUUUUACCACUACUUAUCUCUUUUGAUUCUUUUAUGCACAGUACACAUAUUAUUUAUAAUAGAGACGGUUUUCUAUGAAUUUACAAUGUUGAUAUUUCUCUUUUCAGUGUUUGCAACGUGGGGUCGUCGAAUGGGAAAAAAAUUAGAUAUGCUGAAAAAAGUUGACGCGAAAGAACCUAUCGAGGAUUCACCAACUAAAUUGAUUGACAAGGAUUGUGUUGACAAUUCAUCAACUCAUUCUACGAUAACAGGCCAAUAUAAAAAGAAACAACACUGGAAAAUGGGUCGUAGUAGUUCUGAUUCGACCUCAUUGAAGAAAGAUAAUGGAGAUACAGAUUCUAUUCGAAGUACGUCAAGAGAUAGAUCUCCUAGUCCUUUCAAAUCUUUUUUUCAUAGAAUGGGUUCGACUGGAAUGUUAAAUUCUUCAAAAUCUCAAUCUCUCAAUGUGCAUAAAAGCAGUGAAAAUUAUCCUGUAGCUAAUGGGCCCUCUUUGUACCGCAGUUGUUCUACUUCACAUCUCUCAACUUAUGUUAAAGCAGAUGAUCCUUCUGAUGAUAUUGAUCUACAAAAUGCAGAUAAUGAAAACAAACAUCCUCCGACAAAACAAAAUAAUAUACUAAUAGAAGAAAAAUUAGUAACAGCCUCAACUAAGGCCAUUAGUUGCGACAAUAUUCCUAAUUUAGAAGGACAGCCUAACAAUGGUACAUGCAAGAAGCCCAACUUUCCUUACGCAUUUUUGAGAUCAAAAUUAUCAGUGUUACCAGAGGAAAACAGUAUAACUUCUCAACAAAGAGCUAAUUGUGUUAGACAAAGCUUUUCAGAGAGAUUAGAUCGUAGAUCACCGAAAUUCAGAAGAGAAAGAUUACAUUUAAAUAAUUCAAGGUCUGAAGAGCGAUACCAAAGUAGUGACAGCAUAUCUAUUCAUGAAGAUAACAUGUUAAUGAAUAGUGUAUUAAGAAAUGAAUAUGAUUUCUCUAGAAGUUCUAUGAGAAGCAUAAAUGAGAUAGAUAAUAAUAUGUAUCCCAUAAGACGAAUAGACGAUACACCAAGACGAUCUUCAAUGAUAUCGCAUCGACCUCCUUUGGAUUAUGAUCCAAUGCUCAUUCCAAGAAAUAGAAAUAGUUUGCCGGUUUAUGAGUAUAACUCCAUUUUAGGAUCAAUGAAAGACUUAAAAACUGAACUAGCAUCAUCAUCACAAAGUAUUCACCAUCCCCCAGAGACCGGUGAAGUUCUACAAGCACAUCGUUUGAGUAAUUAUGUGAGUUCUAAUGAAUCUGGAUAUGACAGUGACGGUCGACCAACAGAUGAACAUAGUAACCACUCCCCGCCAGGCUACCCUUGUCACUUGUCAUUUGGCUCCGGUAGACCAGAUAAUGACUCUAACUCUGAAGGAAAUCGUAGUCCUUUUAGCAGACAGCUAAGUUUUAACCAUAAAAUCAAUGUAAGCAGAGUUCAGAUUCCUAUGAGACGAAGUUCUACUCCAUGUGCUUUAUUUCCCAUUGAACAAGGAACAUCGUAUGAAUAUGAAACUGAAAACAGAGGAAGUUAUGAUAAUUAUAGCACGACCAAGGUUAAUUCUCAAAAUAUGUUAGAACAUAAUGAUAGCAAACCACCACCACUACCAAAGAAGACUGUAAACAAAAAAGCGCCUUAUAUCUUUAAAACUAUUACAUUAGAUGACCGUGUUCACACAAGGAAAAACAAAUUCUACAACUCAUUAGAAAAUAGAGAGAAUUCAAACAAUUUUAAAGAUUUCUCAAAAGUGGCAGUUUCGAGCAAUUCCGUAUCAGAAACAGAUAUAUUUGGUAGAGGGCCGUGUACAAAACGAUUCAGAAAAAUAAGAUUGUUAAAAUCAAGAUUAGAUGAAAGUUUAGGCGUGUACUUAGCACAGCAUAGGGUAGAUUUUGAUAAUACUGGAUCAAAUUAUGAAAUAAGGUACAUAGUAGUGAAAUUAGAUUUUGAUGGAAUAGCUCAUAGGGAUGGCAGAUUGCGCAUUGGUGACGAGAUAGUUAAUGUAAAUGGAAGAGUUUUGCGCGGUUUGUCAUCUUUAAAAGAAGUUCAACAUAUAGUGAAUUCGUGUUCAACUGAAACUUCCAACGAAGACGGUUCAUUAUUUCAAAGAUACCAAGUUGAUCUUGUAAUGGCUCAUGAUGAAAUAACUCCAAUAAAUUUAAGUCGAAUAAUAAACAGUCAACCUACCGAGGGCAGUCCCGUAAAAUCAUCAACAUUAAAUGUGCCACCAGAUAUUAUAUCACAAACCGUACACAAACCAUCAUUUUCUAAUCAAAUAACUAUCGAAACCCAUUUCCCAAGUGAUAAUCAGUAUUACAGCCCAAAACAUACCAGCAGUCAAGGAAUGCAAGAAUCUAAUAUCAACAUAGAAUCACAGAGCAAAUGUGAAGUAGUUAAUAAUGGAAACAUACAUCCUAGCCACAAAAGCGACGAUGAGAAAUUACUCGAAAGAAAUACCUUUACACAGUCGACAGCAUCUUUGCAAAAUGUAACAAAUAUUGAAAUCACUAUGCGAUCUUCGCCAAUACCUAGAAAUCAGCACAAUAAUUACAGACCCAUAUCACUCCAUACCGCUAUACCACAGCCGCUGAUAGGUUAUCCGAUAUGUAACGAUAAUACUACCAACGAAAUUAAAGAAAAUUCUCCUCACUACAUAAAGAAUGUUCCAAGGUUAUAUCAAAAUAGAUCUUUUGAAAGUAUUCCAGAACAGCUGAGGAACAGUAGUAGAAGUAGAUUUUUCAGCAGAGUUGGUUCACAGAGAUGUUCACCGAAUCACAAUUCUCACGUGUCACGACAUCAAGAAUACACAGCGUCUCUUCAUCACGAAAGUCAACAUGGAGGUCACUAUACCCACAAUUCCAUGCAGAGGGUGGAAUUUUGGAAAGGUCCAGGUCAUAAGAGUCUUGGGUUCAGCAUAGUAGGAGGAACCGAUUCACCAAAAGGACAAAUGGGAAUAUUUGUGAAAACUAUCUUCCCUAAUGGUCAAGCUGCUGAUAAGGGUACUAUUUUCGAAGGUAAAAUGUCUUCAUAUUUUCCAAGUUGAGAGAUGCUAUAUAAUUAAAGAUCAAAAUUAAUUUCUUCUUAUAUUUUUAGGUGAUGAGAUUCUAUCGGUAAACAAUGUUCCAACACGUGGUCUAAGUCACGCAGGCGCUAUCUCUCUUUUCAAGCAAGUUAAAGAAGGAAAGAUUGAAUUGACGCUUUCUAGAAGAAGAGCACCUAGGUCCAGAUCGGUGGAACCUCUUGGGAAUUUCCGCGGUGACAGCAAAAAAGAAUAAAACUUCCGAACCCUAUACUCCAAAGAGUAAUUAUAUUAUUGAGUGCAAUAAAUCAUUCAUAAUUUACUAUUUAGCCAAAGGCAAGAUAUCUUAGACGUUAUUGGUAAAUAUCUUAUUAAUGUUAUUUUUUAUUAUUGACUAAUCGUUGUUACACGAAAUAAUGUAAUUAUUUUUUAACUAGAUACCUAUAUUGAACGUUUGAAGUGCACAAUAUCCUAGUUUACGGAUUAUUGGGUAUUAUUAUUACGCUAAAUGCAUUAUGUUGCAUGGUUAACGUUAUGUAGUACAAUAAGUAUUAUAGUCAUCAUGUUAUGCUAAAAUGUUUGUUAGCUUUGUAUAUUGUGGAUACCAUAAGACUGUAUUGUGUACUAUAUAAAUACAUAACUACAUUUUAAACUGUUACUCGAUGAUAUGAUAUUGUUAUAUUUCAUUUAGUACUAGAUCUCGUUAUUCUGUGUACAUAAUCAACAUGACUUAACAAUAUAAAUAUAACAGCAAUGAUCAAAACCGCCAAGAUAAUAAAGAUAGUUCACAAUUAAAUAGACUGAUAUAAAAUAGUAUAGCAAUUUGCGUAAUUAUAUAUGUAUGGUAUAUAUUUCGUGACUACAAAUACCUGCCUCUGCCAAAGCUUUAGGUAUAUAAAAAGUUUGUCUAUCUAACAUAAUAAUACUAAAGUAGACAAAUGCCAUAAAAUUAAUCAAUAAAAUACUACCACAUAUCGAAACCAAAAGUGAUAGUGUUCAAAUUGCUGAUAUAAACAACACCAUCGUCAAUUCUAACAUUGAAUAGCAUGAUGAUGAGAUAAAUAUACAUUUUAUAACGGUGGUGUAUAUUGUUUUAGAUAUUAAUAUUACCGUUCACAAUUAAUAAUGUACCCGAUUUUAAACAAAUAAAGCUUCCAUUGUGUGAUGAUACUCGUAAAAACAGCGUACCAGGUCCGUCCAUAUGAAAUUGUUACAGUUACUUUAUUUGUUUCAAUUAGGCACUUUUGUAUUAAUUUACAGUACAUCAAUUUAUUUAGAACUAUCAAUUUUCUCAAAUUGAUUUCAAACCUUAAUACCUUGACUACAAAGAUUAAAAUCAAUUUCAGAAAUUUGAUAUAUUGUGGUAACCGGUAUCUUUAGCACGAAAAAUUAUCGCUUUUGUAUCGAGCACAAAUGUUAAAUUCCCUUUAUGGAGGUAGGUGGCGCUGUUCAAAUAUCACAUCGUGCUCAAUACAAAUUUGAUUAUCAUUCGCUAAGUGUACUGAAUGCUGCUACUUUUGGCGACCCAGUCUUUUCAACUAUUAGAACUACUACUACCUUAGUCAUAUUUCGAUAUCGGCUCCGAGCCAUUCUUAGAAAUAAAUCAUUCAAAUUGUAAUCAAACUAUGUGCAGUAUUGUAAGUUACAUUUGACAUGUUUUGUAAAUAAAUUAAACGUAAUUUCAUUUUACCAACAAUUUUUUGUAUUACUCUUAUAUUUAAGGAAUAAAACAAUUUUAAUUUGGCCCCGAUUUAUUGAAAACUAAAUAAAAACUACAAAAAAAAUUACAAACUAUAACUAAAAUUACCAUUUAUGUUGUGGCAGAGAUAGUUAUAUCACAUACAUAUCACAGCUUUUAUGAAAAAAUGCUUACAAGAAUAUCUACCACAUUCAAUGACCGCGUGAAAGCUGUCUGUCACAAACGCAGUUUACUUGAUAUCGCACAAGAUGGCCACUCCUCGUAAAAUCCAAUGGUCUGGGUUUU